AUCAGAAAAAGAACAAACCAAAAAAGGAUCUUCUUCAUCAUUCUACUAAAUGGGUUCUUGUCUCAGUUCUCGUGUUCUUAAUAAGAGUAGUAGUGGUCUCGAUGAUCUUCAUCUCUCGAGCUGUAAAUCUUCAUCAUCAGCUGUAGCUCAUAAGACAGAAGGAGAGAUUCUUAGCUCAACGAGCGUUAAAAGCUUUAGCUUUAAUGAACUUAAACUAGCAACUAGAAACUUUAGAUCGGACUCUGUUGUUGGAGAAGGUGGCUUUGGUUGUGUCUUUAGAGGUUGGCUUGAUGAGACUACUCUUACUCCUACCAAAUCUAGCUCCGGUCUUGUAAUUGCUGUUAAACGACUAAAUCCUGAUGGUUUUCAAGGUCACCGUGAAUGGCUGACAGAGAUUAACUACCUGGGGCAGUUAAGUCACCCGAAUUUGGUUAAGUUGAUUGGUUAUUGCUUGGAAGAUGAACAACGGCUUCUUGUGUAUGAGUUUAUGCACAAGGGUAGUCUUGAGAAUCAUCUGUUUGCAAAUGGAAAUCGAGAUUUUAAGCCGCUCUCUUGGAUUCUACGGAUUAAGGUUGCACUUGAUGCAGCUAAAGGUCUUGCAUUUCUUCAUAGCGAACCCGUCAAAGUCAUAUACCGAGACAUCAAGGCGUCAAACAUCUUGCUGGACUCGGACUUCAACGCUAAGCUUUCAGACUUUGGGUUAGCGAGGGACGGUCCAAUGGGAGAAACAAGCUAUGUUAGUACAAGGGUCAUGGGUACAUUUGGGUACGCAGCUCCUGAGUACGUCUCAACAGGUCACUUGAAUGCUAGAAGCGACGUAUACAGUUUCGGGGUUGUUCUGCUAGAACUACUAUGUGGAAGGCAAGCACUGGACCAUAACCGCCCGGCCAAGGAGCAAAACCUUGUGGAUUGGGCUCGACCGUACCUAACAAGCAGGCGAAAAGUUCUACUAAUUGUGGACACCCGGCUUAACUCACAGUACAAACCCGAAGGAGCAGUGAGACUGGCAAGCAUUGCCGUGCAAUGCCUCUCAUUCGAACCCAAAUCCCGUCCGACCAUGGACCAAGUGGUUCGAGCCUUGAUACAGCUGCAAGACAGCGUGGUUAAACCGGCCAAUGUUGACCCGAUUAAGGUUAAGGAUACCAAGAAACCAGUGGGAUUGAAAACUGAAGACACAUACCAGAGAAAUGGUUUAAACAAAAAAACCGUUGGAUUGUAGUAGGUAGAGAGAAAUAUAAGGUUACUGGUUAGGGGGUACUCUUCAUGUCUUCUUCUUGUGUAUUGUAAUAUUGUGUGAAGUGAUUUUGUUACACUGCUUAUAGUUUUGCUCCU